AUGUCAACGCCAGCGCAUGACCGUGUCUCGUGUCCUGGUUCGUGAUGCCGGUAGUGACAGCCGAGUCAAGGCAGAGGCGCAGUUGCCACCAGGCCAGCCGCCUCUCGUCACUCGCGGACGACAGCAGUGACGGAGGUGGUGAAGCCCGUGCGGACUAUUGGCGCUAACGUCCAACGUUGGCCAGCACCUGUGAACUCGCUACCACGCCGUUUACUUCGCUGCCUGCUGUUAACCACACAGCCCCGUUCACCCCAAUACCGCCUGUUCCCACGUAUACUCUCUAUCAUCACAACGAGUCUAUCACCCGCAUUCUUCCGCAACCGCUCAACCACCGCCAGCUCCACCGCACACCCCAAACCGGCGGGCGCCAACUCCGCAACCACCUCCGCUCGAUAACGCAUACCACGACUCUAUAUCAAGAUGGCUGGCUCCAGGAAUUAUGACUUUCUCAUCAAACUACUCCUCAUAGGCGACUCCGGCGUAGGCAAAUCGUGCUGUCUGCUGCGCUUCAGUGAAGACUCGUUCACGCCCUCGUUCAUCACCACCAUCGGCAUCGACUUUAAGAUCCGUACCAUCGAGCUCGACGGCAAGCGCGUGAAGCUGCAGAUAUGGGAUACCGCCGGCCAAGAGCGCUUCCGGACCAUCACCACGGCGUACUACAGAGGUGCCAUGGGUAUCCUGCUAGUCUACGACGUUACGGAUGAAAGGAGCUUCAACAACAUCCGCACAUGGUUCUCCAACGUCGAGCAACACGCCACCGAAGGCGUCAACAAGAUCCUCAUCGGCAACAAGUGCGACUGGGAAGAGAAGCGCGCCGUCUCCACAGAACAGGGCCAGGCCCUCGCCGACGAACUCGGCAUCCCCUUCCUCGAGGUCUCGGCCAAGAGCAACAUCAACGUCGAUCAGGCGUUUUACAGCCUCGCCGGCGAUAUCAAGAAGCGUCUUAUCGAUACCGCUAGGACGGAUCAGACAGCUGCCCCCAAGGUCGAUGUUAGUGGGCAAGGUGACGGAAAUGCAGGUAUGGGCGGAAAGUGCUGCUAGAAAGAAGGAGUAGUUGUGGAAGGGAGGAAGUAAGAGGAGAUGGAUAUUUUGGACUGAGAUUGUCAGGCAUAUGCGGGGCAGUGGUUAGGCUAUGGAUGCGAGGGACAGACAUGCUACGGCUUUGAUCUGAUGGAAGCAAGAGCAAGCUUGGG